AUGAGAGAAUGGUUCAAUCAUGUCCAAACUGAUUUCAACGAAGAGCUUGAGCAGGAUAUUGAUUCCAACGUGUGCGUUUUCCAAGUCCCCAAAUCACUCAGCUCUUCCAAGCCCGAGGCUUACACCCCCCAGCUCAUCGGCUUGGGACCCUAUCACCACCUUCAGCCUCAGCUCACCGAGAUGGAGCGCGUCAAGCUCGACGUCGUGAAGAAGCUCAACAAGGAGUUCCACCACUUGAGCUUUGCUGAGCUCGUGAGCAAGCUCUCCAAGCUGGACCUCCUUGUCCGCGCGUGCUACCACAAGUUCUUGGACAUGGAUUCCGACAUGUUGUCCUGGAUCAUGACCGUCGACUCGCUGUUCUUGUUCUAUCAGGUCUGCCAGCACGGCGUCAACAAGAGUUUCCUCGAUUCGUCACCCUUCUUGGAGGGCCUAGCUGACAACUCAGGCAAGAAGCUCGCCGAUGCCACCAUGCGGAGGGAUGUCAUGAUGUUGGAGAACCAAAUCCCGAUAUUCUUCGUGCAGAAGAUGUUGACGGUCGGGUGUGCGUCGCUACAAGUCGCUGAGCGGAAGGCUAUUGUCGAAGAGAUCUUCCCCCGCAUGCUUGUGGGGUUUUGCAAAGCUCUUUCGCCCAUCAAAGCGACAUUAAAAUGCCAGGCUGCCAAAGCUCUGAAGCGCACGCAUCUGUUGGAUCUUCUUUAUAGCAUGGUCGUGUCAAGAGAGGACGAGGCCGAGAUUGCUCUACCCGCCGACCCCAUCAAAACCGAAGAACAUAAGAUCGAGGUUCACGAAUCCCUCGAGCUAAGGGUAACUACUGAUGUUCAGGAAGUGCUUAAUCCUCCUCAGAAUGUUAAUUAUGUCGCAAAGAGCAUGGUCGAACUUGUAGAGAAUUCGAAUUUAACCAUCUUGCGGAAGAUUAAGCCCCAUGUUCAGAUGCUGGAAGGCCUGAUGAGUCUCUAUUCCAAACUAUCUUCAGCCACCGAUUCAUUCGGGGAAGAAGAAGCUCCCGCUGAAGAGAAGGCAUUGAUCCCGACAGCGUCCUCUCUUGCCAAAGCGGGAGUAAAAUUCAGCAAAACACAGUUCUUACACGAAAUAUUGUUCGACGAAAAAACGCACACAUUUCAUCUUCCCGUUAUCAAACUCGUCAUCAACUCGGAAGUCGUGAUACGGAACUUGGUGGCGUACGAGGCGAUGGCCAUCUCUGGUCCCUUGGUGUUCGCGCGCUUCAUGGAGCUAAUGGACGGCCUAAUUAACACCGUGGACGACGUGAAGUUGCUCAAGAACAAAGGCAUCAUCACGGGCCGUCUCAAGGACGACGAAGUGACGCAUCUGUUCAAUGGAAUGAGCGACUCCAUUGAAGUGAAUGGCGAUUGUCCACUAGACGAGAUAAUCAAGACAGUGAACAAGUUUUACGAUGCCGCGCCGACCAUCAAGACCCACAAUAUGAUGGAGCGAUAUGUGUAUGGCGCCUGGAAGGUCCUAGUGAUAGCGGCGACUGCCCUCUUGUUUCUGCUCAUGGGGCUACAAACUUUCUGCUCGGCUUACAGUUGUUCGAGCCUCGUCAAAAGGACAAACUAA